GCAUCUUUCACCGCGAAUGGCCGCAUCUCCGCUAAUGGCAGAAGCAAAACCACCAUCAGCCCCACGUUCUUCUUCCUCUUCUCCUCCUCCCAUCUUGGCUGUCGCCAUUCUCGGCAUCCUGACCACCGCCAUCCUCCUCCUCUCGUACUACCUCUUUGUCACCAAGUGCCGCACCGGCCGCCGCCUACGUUCUCCCCUCGCCAACCAGGCUCGCGGCCUCCACCCCUCUCUCAUCCGCUCCAUUCCCGUCGUCAACUUCACCGUAGCAUCCAACGACAUCGAGCUGAGGAGCCAGUGCGCUGUCUGUUUGAACGAGUUCCAAAACAUGGAGCGGCUCAAGCUGCUCCCUGGUUGCUUCCACACCUUCCACAUCGACUGCAUCGAAACCUGGCUCCAGUUCAACGCCAAUUGUCCACUGUGCCGCUCCGACGUCACUGCCUCCGCCGCUGCCGUUCCAGCCCAAUUCAUUUUAGUCGUUGAACAGAGUCGAAGCUCAGGGCCAAUAGAUGUAAGCGCAGAAAUCACCGGCCAAACCUCGACAACGUUAACCAGGAAAUUUUAGAAUUACUAAACCAGAAGCAUGGGGAGACGAGUGCAUUGGCAUUAGAGAAAAGGAUGAGGAAUCUUAAUUAGCUUGUUUGCAGCGCAUAAUUAAGGAGACCCUUCUCAAUGGAUUCCUCU